AUGGCAAAGCCAAUUGCUCAUGCUGUCAUGCAUUGCUUCCUCCUCCUCCUCCUGACAGGCGUAGCCGUGGCAACGACUCAUGGCAUUGCAGAAGGCCCUGAAGCAGUUGAUGAGUGGUUCAGUAAGCUGGGCCAGGCAAAAGAGAAGGUGACAAAGCUCCAUUUCUAUAUCCAUGACUCGGUUAGUGGGAAAAACCCAACGGCGGUCACCGUGGCCCGCGCCAACACGACUUCGACAUCCCCCACACUGUUCGGACUAGUUAACGUAGCUGAUGAUCCCCUGACAGUUGGUCCUGAGCCGAAUUCGACGAUAGUUGGUCGAGCCCAAGGCAUUUAUGCCUGCGCUGACCUGAGUGAAAUAGGACUAAUCCUGUACAUGAAUUUCUGCUUCACAGCGGGAGAGUACAAAGGAAGCACUCUGAACAUGCUCGGAAGAGAUGUUGAAUUGUAUAACGUCGACGAAUUCUCCAUCGUUGGCGGCACCGGGGUUUUCCGAUUGGCGCGCGGACUUGUUACCACCAAGACUUAUUUUUAUAAUGAGACCACCAUGGAUAUCAUUACAGAGUACAACGUUGUAGUUCUUCACUAUUGA